GUGCUUUGCACCCAGAAUUAUAAUGAAUUUUGCAGCUCAGUUGAUCUACUCCAGGGUGUUAAAAAACAGAACUCCCAGGGACCGCUACAGGGAAGAUGAAGACUACGAUCCUUUCUGGCAAAGGUUGGAGAGUAUUGCUGUCUGACUUAGAACUAGAGCUCCUUUUUCCCUGCAGGGACCUCGGUCAGCCCUUCAGGUCCACCCAGAUCCAGGCCUGUGGACAUGAACUCCCCUGGACCCCUCCUGCCUCCUUACCAUGUUGUAGUUGGAGUUUUGCUUCGCCUCGUUGUUUAUUUAGUCGCUGUGCUGUAUAGUUAUGCUGAACAGCUGUUCUCGAAAAAGGAUGAGAAUAAAGUAAAGAAACAAGAUGCUCCAGCGCUUUGUGAUCUUCGCCUUUGUAAGGAUGGGCCAAUAAGAAAUGGACACAUUGGGCAGAGGCCACCCCCAAUCAACCCUGAAAGACUGAAAGAUUUCGUUGAGGAGGAUUACCUCAAUGGGGACGUGAAGACGUGGGAAAUGAAGAUAGUCAGCCGUAAUGAGGAGUUACUCGGGGAUGCCCUUUCCCUCGUCCCUCAGUCAAGCAGCAGGACCAGCCGGACCGGCCUGUACAACCACAACAAACUCAUUCGAUUUGAAGACAUUAGUGCAGCAGCUUUCAAAAUCCAGUCCGGUGUUCAGAAAACCCCUUGCAUGUACUCCAGGCUAUCCAAGCUGUAUGGAGUUGACAUCUACCUAAAGAAAGAGUUCCUCCAGUACACAGGAUCUGUGAAGGAGAGAGGUGUACUUUAUCUUCUGACAUCACUGCCUCAGGAUCAGCAAAGGAAGGGAGUGAUUGUGGCUUCAGAUGGGAACUUUUCCAUGGCCGUUGCCUACCAUGCCUCGGAGCUUCGUAUCCCGGUGUUUGUCAUCAUGUCAACCAGCACUUCCCCUGCCAGAGUGAAAAUGUGCCGUGAGUACGGGGCCAUGGUUAUAUCCUAUGGCACUACAGCCAAGGACGCCCAGAUGCAUGCAAGAAGGCUGGCACAGGAGAAUGGUUAUCUCUACCUGGAAGAGGAGGACAGUGCUGUGUACCUGUCAGGACUGGGCACCAUGGGGCUGGAGAUAUAUGAGCAGGUGCCCAAGCUGGACGCGGUGAUUUUCCCUGCAGGAGGCCACUGUGGCUUGCUGGCAGGUUCUGCUGCUGCACUAAAACACCUCAACGCACGUAUUUCUGUCAUUGGGGUUGAAUCUGAAAGCUUUCCUGUAUUGCAGCAGUCCCUUAAGGCUGGCCACCCAGCUGAAGACCAGGCUUGCAACAAUCAUCACUUUUACGGAGAUGUGAGUGGACUUUGCUUCGGCAGCAAUUCAUUGCAGCUGACUGGGAAGCUUGUGGAUAAGGUUGUUGCUGUGAGCGAGGAGGACGUCCUCAUUUCAAUGCUGAGAUUGCUGGAGUAUGAGCGAGCCACAGUUGAUGCAGAAGGGGCCAUUGGACUUGCAGCACUGGUGGCUGGGAAGCUGCCUGAGUUGAAGGGUAAAAGAGUGGCGAUUGCUAUAUGCAGUGGAAAUGUGGACCUACAUUUGCUGCAACAAUGCAUUGCUCGUGCCCUGACCCUUGAGAGCAGAGUGUGCAGAUUUUCCCUGGUGAUUUCUGACUGCCCGGCAGAUGUUUCAAAGCUACUGGAGGUUUUGGCUCGGGAGGAAGCGAGGGUUUUGGAUAUCAGACAAGAACGCACAUUUGUGACAUCUGAGCUCUUCACUAUUGAGGUCACCUGCACCGUGGAGACCAGAGACAAGAUCCACACAGCCCAGCUGCGGAACGCACUGCUGGAACGCUACCCUACAGCCUCGUGGACAGAGCGAUGACCAGAGGUGCACAGAGGGGGCUGAGGCCCUUGGACAAGUAUUUUGUGGAGCUCUAAUCUUGAGGCACUCGGAACAAGUAUUACCUUUCAAGGCUGAACACUUAGCAAAUAGCUUCAGGAUAUUUAUUUCCUGCUCAAAGCGUAGCACGUGUCCUUGGAAAUAAAGUUUAACUUGGAACUUGAGCUUAGCUAAAGGCCACUAAAUAGUUUCUGCUGGUGUUGGGAUUCUCAGCUGGCUCACUGUUUUGUUUGUUAGAAUAUGGAAUCCUGUGGCAUCCAGUAAAUGAUCAGGAGAAGGCAUCUGUCUUGAAAUUCGAGUGUAGGCUCUUCAAUGGUCUUUUGAUACUGAUGCCACUGUUAAAAGCAACGCAGCUCCUUCUGCUGGGUUUUGCCAUAUCACUGGCAUCAUCUUUUCUAUCUCCAAGCCAGAAGCAUCUCUUCACUUGCUGAAUCUGCUUGAGGGAGGACAUAAGUGUGUGGGAGUGCGAAUGCGUUGAAGUUUGCAUAAGAACUCUGCUGUCAUGAGAAAAUAAUGUGCUAAUAAAAUGCAAUAUAAAGAAACUCUUGAAAGAUGAAA